AUGUACAACUAUUCAGGUGGUAUGUUUGGAUGCUUCCAAGAUUGCCAGAUUUGUUUACUUGGCCUUUUCUGUUUCCCAUGCUUGAAUUCUUGCAACUGGGCUAGAUCUCGUGGUGAAGAAUGCACAUUAUGUCAUCUCCUUAUGGUUGUUCAUCCUUAUUGGGUACGCAAGAAUGUUAUGAGAAAAGUUGGUCAAAAUGACAAUGACUGCAUGGAUUGCCUUUGCACAACAUUUUGCAUGCCAUGCGUUGUUUGUCAGGACAGUCGUGCACUAAAGAAUUAA